AUGGCAGAUUCUUGGGAGGACUGGGAGACAGAGGAGCCUGUAGUUCCAGGCAUCCCUGCGGCCCCCCAGGCGGAGGCAAGCAAGUCCAAGUUUGUGGGCGAGGACGAGGGCGAGGAGGAGGACCCCAAAUGGAAGGCCAACGUGCCGGCCCCGCAGCAGGCCAAGGACAAGAAGGGGGUCAGCAAGUACGACGAGAGCAAGGGGGCGCAGCAGCGGGGCGGCGACGACACGCCGCUGGACGACCCGAUUGCCGAGAAGCUGCGGCAGCAGCGGCUCAUAGAGGAGGCAGACUAUCAGGCCACCAUCGAGCUGUUUGGCAAGGGGCGCGACCUGGAGGACUUCAUCCCCAAGUCAGCCAAGGACUUUGAGGAGUUUGGGAAGCUGGUGGCGGGCAAGCACAUGCUGCCUCACGCCAAGGCGGGGCACUACAAGGCCGCCGUCAAGUCCCUGCUCAAGGUCGCGCUCCAGAUGAUGAGCGCGCAGGAGGUCAAGGAUGUCGAGACGUGUGUGGCGGGCAUCCGCGCCGAGAAGCUCAAGGAGGAGAAGGCGGCGCAGGGAGGAAAGAAGACGACCAAGAAGGCGACGCUCAAUGUGGGGCGCAGCGGCGGCGCGGCAGGCUUGGAUGACUAUGUGUUUGACGACGCCGGCGACGGCGAUGACUUUGACUUUAUGUGA